AUGGUGUCCAACGAGUCUCUACUCGGAAACCACGCCACACCGAGCUCGGGAACCGAAGGCGGCAAAUCCACAGCACUGCAAGAGUUUGUGGCUCUACAUCCGAGCAUCUGCUUCGUCAGGUGUCAGUGGCAAGACCACUCAGGCGUCGUGAGAGCCCGCGUCGUUCCCAUCGAACAUGCGCUGUCACUUGCGGCCAACAAAAGAACGCUCCAUGUGCCUCCUUGCGCCUUCCAGCUCACCGUGACGAACGACUCGAUCCCCGAGAUAGACCCCAGGGGCAACCACCGAUUGAUCCCUGACUGGUCCUCGUUACGCACCCGACCAACCUUCGACUCCAGCUAUGCCAGCGUCAUGUGUCGCGUCGUCGAGCACCUACCGUCACGGCCGGAACCGAACUGGAACUUUUGUCCGCGGCGGGCACUGGUGACGGUGGUCGAAAAGGCAGAGAAACUCCUCCAAGCAGAGUUUCUUGUCGGAUUCGAGGUGGAGUUUCAAGUCAUGAAACUGUCAGCUGAUGGGAGCAUGGUUCCCUUCAGUCGUGGCAUCGGCCGUUGCGCAAUCUCUGGGCAGCGCGACCCUUGCUUUGCCUACGUCGAGGAAGUUGUACGGGUGUUGCAAGCGGCAGGCGUCGGCGUCGGCGCCUUUCAGACGGAGGGUGACCGAGGGCAAUACGAGAUUGCUCUUGAGCCUCAAACAGCCAUGAGCGCCAUCGAUGAGCUCAUCUUUGUCCACGACACCAUCAAGUCAGUCUUCGCGCGGCAUGGGCUCGUGGCCACCAUGGCGCCUCGGCCGGUCGAGUCCAGGUCGCAGACGGCGGGACAGCACAUGCACGUGUCGAUCAACCCACCGAACCGGGAGAGCUCGUUCCUGGCAGGCAUCCUGGGUAGACUUCCAGAGCUGUGCGCCCUCUGUCUCCCGUACGACUUGUCGUACGAGCGCGUGCAGCCGUACCUCGCUGGGCACGUCGUGGCGUGGGGCUCGGAGAACCGCGCCGUGCCAAUCCGGCAGAUCAAGUCGGGCCAUUGGGAGUUUCGCUGCAUGGACGCGACGGCAAAUGUCUACCUCGCACUGGCCGCGGUGCUGAGCGCCGGCAUGAUGGGUUGCGUCAGGGAAGAGCCGUUGCAGUGGCCGGACACAGGCUUCAUUGAGGAACACUACCCUGUGAAUGGCACGCCCCUUCCCCGGACUAUCGAGGAGUCUCUGGAGAGGCUGCAAGACACAUGCCACGACUUUCAGAGUGUUAUGGAGAGUCAGGUUAUCCGGCACUACAUUAGUGUCAAGAGAGCCGAGGCGCCCAAGCUCCAGAGCAUGGCUCCCGGGGCAGUGCGACACCUGUUGUCUGAGAUAUUCUAG